AUGAGAUUCGUUGAACGUUCUGGCCGGACGGGGGAUGAUGCCUUCCUGGUCGGACGGUGUGGUCGUGCAUGGUACACGGAUCGUGGUAAGCGGGAAGGUCGAACGCGGGACAAAGCUUCUCGGUUCACGCAGCGCGGUCGUGCGCAGCACAUAGUCGUGGGACUGGAAUGGGUCGACCACGGGCGGAUGCUUUCCAGGUCGGUAUGUGCGCUCGGCCGUGCACUAGGCGGCAUAAAUGUGGUGUUCUGCGCGGGUCGAUCAUGGGAAGAUAGUUCCUCGGUCGGCCGGUGCGUGCGGUCUUGGGCGCUGCUGCGCGGUUUUAGACGUCUAGACCAGUCCUCACUCAAUCGAUCAUUACUCCGUUUCUACUCAUCCAAAUGA